AUGAAAAAAGGUCCUGCUCCGACCGCCACUCCCGAGGACUCACGCCUUACAGAAACCUCAAUGUUGAAUACUAUUACCCACGAGACUGUCGGCAUUUGCGUUUCUAAAGCUGUUCCUAGCACAUCUUCGAUUACGCGUGGCAGACGCAAAAGUCAACGUCAUGAGAACCUAUCGCGACCACAGACCUGUCAGUCUGGAAAAGAAUGCACCAUUCUUUCUAGUUCGCGACUGACUUCUCGGGCUCGGGGUGAACCUAAUGGAAAAUUUGUCUCUCUGGAGUCUACAUCGCAGAAUAAGAAGUCUUUUGGGUCCACAUCAGCACAUGCCCUUCCCCGAACAAUGCAGUUAACCCCCGGACAGACCGUCACAGCUUCAUCAUCCCAGUUACUACGACCUAACUAUAAGGGUGAGACAGUUCUUCACCGGGCCGCUAUUCGAGGUGACACUAAUCAACUGCGGCGGCUAUUAGAAGCGCCAAAU